GCCAUUUUUCUUGUUGUGGCUGCUGUGUUAGGAGCACGUCUGCCUUCAUAGUUGUGGAUAAAUUUUCUUCUUUUGAAAUUUACUAAAUUAUUUAAAGUGCUUUGUCUUUAAAUCCUUCAUAACUAAGCGUCAAACACAAAGAAAGCAACAUGGCGCAGUAUAAAGGAGCUGCCAGUGAGGCUGGCAGAGCCAUGCAGCUGAUGAAAAAACGAGAAAAGGAGAGAGAGCAACUCGAACAGCUGAAACAGAAGAUUGCUGAGGACAACAUGGUCAAAUCCAAUAUUGAUAAGAAAUUCUCAGCGCAUUAUGAUGCUGUGGAGGCAGAGCUCAAGUCCAGCACUGUUGGUCUGGUGACACUGAAUGAUAUGAAGGCCAAGCAGGAAGCGCUGGUAAAGGAGAGGGAGAAACAGCUGGCCAAGAAGGAGCAGUCAAAGGAGCUCCAGCUCAAGCUUGAGAAGCAGAAGGAGAAAAAGAGGAAGGAGGAACAGAAGAGAAAAAUUGCCAGUUUAUCUUUUAAUCCUGAAGAUGAAGGAGAUGAAGAGGAGGACAAUGAGGAAGAGGAGCAAGAUUACGCUCCAGUUAAGAAGAAGAAACUUGGUAAAAACCCAGAUGUGGACACAAGUUUCCUGCCUGAUCGAGACAGGGAGGAGGAGGAGAAUCGUCUCAGAGAAGAGCUCAGGCAGGAAUGGGAGCUGAAACAGGAGAAAAUUAAAAGUGAGGAGAUUGAGAUCACAUUCAGCUACUGGGACGGCUCUGGGCAUCGUAAGACUGUUAAGAUGAAGAAGGGCAAUACCAUCCAGAACUUUCUGCAGAGGGCUCUAGAGGUCCUCAGAAAAGACUUCAGUGAGCUCAGGUCUGCAGGUGUCGAGCAGCUGAUGUACAUCAAAGAGGACCUGAUAAUCCCUCAUCACCACAGUUUUUACGACUUCAUUGUGACCAAAGCCAGAGGCAAAUCGGGUCCUCUUUUCAGCUUUGAUGUCCAUGAUGAUAUUCGGCUGGUGAAUGAUGCGACUGUGGAGAAAGAUGAGUCUCAUGCAGGUAAAGUUGUGUUGAGGAGCUGGUAUGAGAAGAACAAACACAUCUUCCCUGCGAGUCGCUGGGAGCCGUAUGAUCCUGAGAAAAAAUGGGACAAAUACACGAUUCGGUGAACACGCUGUCUCCUCCAUGACGUGAAAUCCUUCACACACUUUGUUUCUUUUUUAUUUUAUUUUCCCUUUAUGAUACACCAUACGGCAUCAAGCUUUGAUGUACUCUUAAUUCAUGGUUUUACUAGUUAAUGGAAAUUCUAUUUUUGUCCGAAUGUGUUUGAAUUAAUGCCGUUUCCUGUAAGAAUGACCACAUUAUGUGUAAAUAGCUCUUAAAUAUGAAUCAGCUUCUGUGCUCAAUAAAAAAUGACAAUGACAAC